UCUCUUUCUCUCUCUCUCUAUCUUCCUGUUACUCUUUCUCUCUCGCUUUUUCUCUUCCUCAUCUUUCAUUUUCUCUCUUUGUCUCUUCAUAAAUCUUCUCACAUUACAUGUUACAAAUUAAAUGUUGGAUUAAGUGUUAAUUUUGUUUUUCUAUUCUUCUCUGUUUAUCUUUUUUUUCUCUCUCUCUCUGUCUUGGUGUUUGUGUGCUACUGGAAACAUGGAUUAUCCUUUGCCAACAAAAGAGACUCAGCAACAGUUACAAGUUAUUCCAUUGUCAUCUUCUUCCUCUUCCCCUGAAUCUUCACCAUCAACUUCACCCUUUUCUUCAACACCAUCACCUCCUGGAUUAAUUGCAUCAACAUCUACACCAGAACCAUUGCGAAACACUUAUGAUAGAACAAUAAAUGAACCUGUUGACCAACAAGAACCAUCAUUGUCUUUACCUUCAACUUCAUCAUCAUCUGUUGCUAUAGGAUUAACGGAAACUCUUGAGGAAAAAGGAUUAACAAGUAAAAGUAAAUCAAAGAAAUCAACCUCAUCGCGAACCAUGAAAACAACUACUGAGAUCACCCAAGCAGCCGCCAUUGCAGCCAUUUUCCCACCAUUCUCAUCAUCAACAUCUUCACUUUCCUCUUCUUCAUCCUCUUCAACUUCCUGUUCAUCUUCUAGUUUACUUGAAGCUCCAAUUGUUAAAUCUUCUUCACCAGUAUCAUCAUCAUCAUCACCAUCUUCACUUGACUCAACUUGUCGUGUUGUCGAUGUCAAAGAAAUUGCCAAUACUUACAGAGAUGAUCUUAAAGAAUGGAUUGACCAAAGUCGCGCUCGUCCUCGUUUGGUUGGUUUUCUUGCAAAUAGAGAUAAAUCUGCCAUUACUUACGCUAAAUGGACUCAACGUUCUUGUGAAGAAAUAGGAAUCAAAUUUGAAUUACGUCAAGUGGAAAGGGAAGACCUGGAAGAGGCUCUAAUUGAUGCUAAUGAGGAUCGUCGGGUUGAUGGUAUUAUGGUCUAUUAUCCCGUUUUUGGCGGUGGUCAUGAUCAGUACAUUCAAAAUUGUGUCUCACCAUUUAAAGAUGUUGAAGGUCUUUGCCAUACCUUUAGAUUCAACAUGUACCACAAUAUAAGGUUCAUUGAUGUCCAGAAAAAGUCAAUCAUCCCCUGUACACCUUUGGCCAUUGUUAAGAUUCUAGAUCAUCUUGGUGUUUAUAAUCAUGAACUUGACUAUGGUGAUCAAUUAAAUGGAAAAGUAAUCACAGUGAUUAACCGAAGUGAAGUUGUUGGCCGACCACUUGCCGCUCUACUUGCCAAUGAUGGAGCUAAAACAUUUUCUGUUGAUUUAGAUGGUAUCCUUCAAUUUCAUCGAGGACCAGGUAAACAGAAACACCGAGUUACCUCGACUGAUAAAACAUUGGAAGAUGUUAUCCCAAUUUCUGAUGUUGUGAUCGCCGGUGUGCCUGAUAAAAAGUUUAAAGUUCCAACAAAACUGCUCAAAUCUGGUGUAGUUGCAAUUAACUUCUCAACGGAUAAAAAUUUUCUCGAUUCAGUUAAAGAAAAAGCUUCCGUUUUCGUUCCUGCCAUCGGUAAAAUGACUAUUGUUAUGUUACAAAGAAAUUUAAUGCGACUAUAUGAUUAUCGGAGAGAUGCUCCUUUCCGCUUCCGAUUUUCUUAAUUGUUGAAAUUGAAAUGUACACUUUAAAAAACGAUCAUCAAAAAAGCUUAACUAUUAAUUAUUACAAAGUCCAAAUACAUUUUAAUCAGACAAGUGAAUGUAUUUACAAAGUCAAUUCUCUGUGCACAUAUGUAAUUAAAAGAAGCGAUAAAUUUUGAUGAAAUUUGUUGUUUAAAUUGACGAUUUGGAAAA